GGUGAGUGAGGUGCCCGAGUGGUGUGCGGGCACGGCGGGGCGCUGCUGUGGGGCUGCUGGGGAGUUGUGAGUGCCGCAGGGGCGUGGUUGAGGGCGCGGCCGCUGGCUACACCUGGAAAAAAGUUGAUUUAACAGUAGCCAAGGAGUAGCUGAUGAGAGCACUGCCCACGACCACCACACGCUCCACCCUACACAGUGAGUCAUGGAUGGGCACGGCCAGGCGGAAAAGGAAGCUAGUGAGGUGCUGCGUUCGUUCAACAUCCUCGGGGCACCUCGCUCCACCCCGAACGAGCCACAGAACUUGUCCACCAGCACAUCCCAACCAAUGGUGAUGGUGCCGCCCCAUCCCCCGCCCCAGUGGCACAUCCACCCCCAGCCGGUGCACAUCAUGACAUACCAGCCACAAGUCAACCCACCAACUUCUCAAAGUGACACAAACAGUAACCAACCCCCCAAUGGCCAGCAGCAGCAACAACAGCCACAGCAGCCACAGCAACAACCACAGCAGCAGCCACCACAGCAACAACAGCAGGGCCCUCCACAGCUGACUCACAUGACUGCCGAUCAGCUGUCACAACUGCAGUCGGCGCCACUAGAGCACUCCAUCUGGUCCACCAAUGACAUGGAUGGACAGAAUGGCAUGAACUCCAGUUAUCCCAUGGGUGAGCUGCCUGGCCAGGAGGGAGACACCACUCUCAAUGCCAAUGACAUCACGGAGGAGGAGCAUGAAACCAAGCCCAAGAUCAAAAAGGAGGUAAAGAAGAAACGGAAACUUGCGGAUCUUUUAGCAGAAGGUAUUGAUCCCACCAAACUCGAGGAGAACAGCGACCAGGUGAGGGAACGCUUCGGCAAAGGCUGUGAGUGUGAGGGUGACAACUGCUUCAAGAACAUGAACCCCGAAUUUGUGUUCCGGCAUCGGCUGAACAUUGCUGAACUGACCAAGAACGAGCACGACAUGUACCUGAUGGGCGUGACGAUGGCUUGCCUGGCCAACCCGGAGGAGACGUCGCGGCACAAGGAGAGGAAGAGGCUGAGGGCAUCAUAUGUGUUCCAGGGCAAGAAGGUGUGCCUGGAUGCCUUCCUCUACUUGGAGAACUGCACCCACUACCAGCUCAAGGCCAUCCGGAAACACGUCAUGGUGAACGGCGUCACUCCAAGAGUUCACGGCAACCACGGAAAGAAGCCGCCCAACACCUUCCCCCUGGACACCUACCAGCACGCCGCCGCCUUCCUGCAGAGCUAUAUUGCCCGCUACUCCCCCAACACCAACACCCCCAAGAAGCCCAACAAGUCUGGCAAGUCUCCGCCCGUGUACCUCCCGGCAGACAUAACGCGCAAGAAGAUCCACAACGCUUACAAGGAGUACUGUGAGCACUUCGAGCCUGAUGUGAAGGUGAUGGGCUACUCCUCCUUCAGGCACUUCAUGAAGGAGCAGUUUCCCAACGUCAAGUUCUUCCGUAUGGAUAAGAAGGCUGAGCGGCCCCUCGGCCAGAGUGACGAUGAUGAUGAUGAUACUGAGGCUGCUGCCGCUGCUGCAGCUGCAGCAGCAGUUGUUGCUCAAAACCCAGCGGCCACCACACAGGAGCAGCAGCAGCAGCAGGCACAAGCACAGCAACAACAGCAGCAAGCACAGCAACAGCAGCAACAAGCACAACAGCAGCAGCAAGCACAACAGCAACAACAACAACAGCAGCAGCAACAGCAGCAACAGAAUCAAAGACAAGAUCAACAAAGGGUAGAACCUGGUGCCCAGCAGGUGAUGCAGCAGCAGCAACAAACAGCGCAGCAACCCCAGCAGGAGCCUCCCAAGGACGCCCGCAACACUCCCCCGGUGACUGCAGCCUCAGUGGCCCCGUCUGCACACCCACCCGGGGCCCCUGUCUCCAUGGCCCACGCCCCCAUCAGUACUAAUUACCCUGCCUACUCUCAUGUUCAGUUGCCACUCAACCUACAGACUCAGCAGCCUCUCUACUCUGCCUCCUGCAUGCAGCCAGGAAUGUUUGCACCCGGCCAAGCCCCCACACAGGUCCGGCCCACGGGCUUCCCCUACACCAGUCUCUAGGCAGCCAGGGCAAGCCAGAGAUGUUGUGUGGCUGUGGAGUGCCACUGGCAGCCAGGGGUGUAGCGGUGCUGGCUCUGGGCACCGUUCAGGCAUUGGUGCUGAUGGCUGUGGCUGUCACCUUGGUGUGGGGUUAUCCUGCCACCAGUGGCCUCCUGGGGUAUGAGUGGGUAGAGAGGAGGGCAUUACAACACACAUUGCCACCAAGACGGUACCCUACUCGUGUGGCAGUUGGUGUCACUCCUUAUCCUCCAUUCAUCUACAGUCCUGCUUUGCCAAACCAGUACAGCCUCAUGCACAGCUCUCAUCUUUUUUUGUACCUUCAGCCAAGUGCCACCCAUCAUCUCAGUCCUCAAUGCCAUGCAGAUAUGCAGCUGCAACACAACACAGACCUACAACAGGUGUUCACCGAGCCGGCCCACAUCACACUGCACCAACACACCAGUACCAUAACCUUGCAAUCAAGACUUCAGGAAAACUAGGUAGUUGAAGCCAGGAUGAAGACUACGUGCCUGUACCCCAUCUCAUCAUGCCAUCAUCCCGGUCCACCUCAUCACACCAUCACACACCGCCGCCGCCGCCGCCACAGCAUGGGUACCCCAGCCGACGUUUUUUUGAGUGCUGGACGUUCGGUUGUCAUUGUAUACCACAGCGACUCUGUUAUGCAUGAAGUUCCAAGCCACUGUAUAGGCCUUAGCUUUCCCAGUACUUUAGACUUAGGUGAUAACAUGAACAGAUAAGGUUUCUAGGUUAUUUUUUGAUGACUUUCCAUUCCAGGUGGGCAUUACUUUUCCAUAUCCAGUUGCCAAUAGUUGCCUCUGAGAGGGAGAAUGUUGGUGGCAAGGGGAGAGGCUGGUUCCCAUCCACUGAGGACAUGGCAGCUCCUCUCCCCUCUCCACUGUGGUCAUGGGAGGGGGGAGGGCCUCAGAGAAGCCAUAAGGUACUAUUUCCCAGUUAUGGGGGAGAGGUGGGUAGAGUAGGCAGGGGUUAGUAGGGGAGGGGCAAAAAAUGGUGAACUUGUAUACGCAGCCAAUAUAAUUUUUAUUCUUAUUUAUUAAAACAAGUGCCAAAACAGGAGAAACAGCUGCAGGCUUCCAGUGGCACUGUCAAUGGUUCCUGCAGAAUUUUUGCAUCUUAAGGUGACCAAUAGACAGAUGUCAAGUGCAUCUGACCAGACACAGCGUAGAGGCAGCAGUGUACACUGUGCUGACUGACUGCCUUUGGUCGUGGCUUGUGCCUGGACGAGCCCUUUGCUAGCACGUCCUUCUUGAUGGAUAUUCUUUUACAAAUUGUCUCACCUGCAAGGGUUGAUACUUUCAGGUUUUGUUUACUAUUUUGAGUCCUCUGUAUGUUAUCCUAUGGUACAUUUGUUGCUUGCAGGAUUUCUCUAGUUUUUGUACUGAUUGAUUUGGCACAAAAUGGAAUCUCUGGUUAUGACCUGUUUAUCUCUUAAUGCAAGGGCAGGAACUGCUGUUCCUCUUUUAUGGUGAGAGGCUAAAACUAAUCUUAUACAUUCCAUAUCAUUGUGAAUGUGCAAUUUUGUGUGUAUUUAUUCUAGCUUUGGAGGCCAAAUUGGUUUCUUUUGCUAUGGCGUAUUCACUCAUUCAUGUUGUGCUGACACUUGUGUUUGAGCCACAAGGGCAAGGCGACUGCAAUGCAAGGAAAACGUGCUUGGCAUUUGUACUGUUCAUUUUUUAUUAUGUAAUUUAUCAUAAGCCUGAGUAAGCAUGAACUUGGUCUUGUGUGAGGAAUGAAUGCACCGUGUUUGUAGACCUUCCUGCGUUACCACACCGGUACUUUCACCUCUGCGUGUCUCUUUUUUUCCCCCUAGUGGUGAGCAUCUUCCUCAUUAUUUACAUUUGCAUUUUUCCCAUCAGCUAUUCUCAUCCACAUCUGUGAGCAAGUGAGUAAUGACAAAGAGGAGGAGGAGGAGGAGGUUGUUGUUUGAGGAUUGCAGUGGUUGUGUCGCUCAAGGCUGGGCUACUCAGUGCCCCGCUCUGAUUGUAGUUGGUCAAAGGGUUGGCCUGGUUUGAUAUUAUCACACAUAACUACAUCCGGCUGCUCUCUGCAUCUACACAUUCAAAUUCACUGUUUUUUUCUUGACGGUUUUAGAUAUUUUUUGUUAGUUUGUACUGAGACUUCAGGUGAGGUGAUGGAGAUUACUGUUCUACAUUCUCCUGUCAAAUUAUUUUAUGUUCUCACUGUGGUCACAUUUUUAUAUCAACAGAGCAUCUUAUGUGGACUUGUCUUCCUCAUACUAUACUGCUCUCCCUGUGUGUGUGUGUGUGUGUGUGUGUGUGUGUGUGUGUGUGUGUGUGUGUGUGU